UCCAAGGUUUGAGGACAGAAUGGUUGGUCGUCAAAAUGACGUUACUACAAUAAAGGAUCAACUCUUCAGUGGUUUUGGUGGUCUAAAAGUAAUCCCGAUUAUUGGGAUGCUGGGCAUAGGAAAGACUACUUUAGCUCGAAGAAUUUUUGAAGAUCAACUAGUUCCACUGCAUUUCGAUGUAAAAAUCUGGUUUACUAUGCCCCAAAAAUACAAUAAGAUCCAAAUACUACGCGACCUCCUUCGGUCAAUUGCACUAGCAGAGCAACAUGAAAUUAAAGAGGGAAGAACUCUAGUAGAGAUGAUGCAGGAAUGCUUGAUAGACAAGAGGUAUCUAAUUGUUUUAGAUGACAUAUCGAGCACUCAGCAUUGGGAUGAUAUCAAACAUGUUUUUCCUCGUUAUGUGGAAGGCAGUCGCAUAUUGCUUACCACUCGGUUCAAUGAAGUGGCUGAUUAUGUUUGCACAUUCAAAGGUAAUCAUCAUGUUAUGAGUUUACUAGAUCCAAAUGAAAGUUGGGAACUAUUCUGUAAUAUCUUUCCACUUGAAAGGUAUAGGGCACCAAGAUUUGAAAGCUUUAGGAGUCAUCUGUCCAAUGUUGUGGAGAAAUGUGAAGGACUGCCACAGGUUAUGGGUUGCAGAAGGAUUUGUGAAACCAUCAAGGAAUAAGGAGUUAGAAAACAUUGCUUAUUGUUACUUAAAGGACCUCAUUGAUAGAAGUCUUGUGUUAAUAAGUAGUCGGACUUUUGAUGGCAAAAUUAAGACUUGUAGGGUGCACAGUGUCAUGCAUAAUAUUUGUUUUCG